UCGACCAUACAGAAAGGAGCCACAAGGAAGGACAUCGCCGCCUGCUGCUAGCAGCUGUCUGGCUAGUUAACUAUAGGCAACGAAAGUAACAACGGUUCUGUCUGUGGGUCCAUGUGUGUGUCUGUGUGAACGUGCGGCCUAGCUGAAACGGCCACCAAGGAGGCGUGCUCCGGACGCCGCCAUAUGGCCGCGGCUGUCGAUAUUUUACUGCCAGCUUUAGUGUUAUAGUAACGUGUAAAGAACAUCAACGGCGACAGUGGGACGCCGUCUGAUGCUUCGUUGUUUUAUUCGGUUUCGUGCGUCACGUUGAAUCGAUGGUUCGUAUUAGACAACUCCGGCCCAAGAGUGCACAUCGAUAGUCAUUGUCGUAGGCGAUAUUAUUGAGGAUUAGCUGGUAACGUGAGUGAACGACGAGAAUUACCGACCAGCUGACAGACGUUGUAGAUGCGGUGAACUCGCGACGUAGAAUCUACCUGUAUAUUGGUCUAUUCUUACCUUACGAAGACGACAGAGUUCUUAUUUCAUAGUGACUUCAGUAGUUGCUUGGUGUAACUUCCGUUCGUCUGAAGUAUGCGCUGUUCGGGUACAAGAAAAAAGGCAGGAAAACUGUGUAGUCAGAUUGUCGUUAGAGCAAGGUGAUAAUGAAAUGUUGUCUAUUACUAGUAGCCAAACACAUGAGUUCCACUGAUUGACGGCUAUCGUUUACGGUGAGUGGCGCCAUGGAAGGUCGAGAAACAAUCUAACGUGGAAGAGUCCUCGUGAAGAAAACAAACGGCUGGAAAAACGUUUUUCGUAACGAAUACACAACGAAUUGCGUCAUGGCGUCAGAAUACAUAGUGGCUUGAGAGUGAUACUACACCCAAAGGUUUUGGCGUCAGCAUUAGAGAACGCUCAAGAGGCCCUGAGCCUGGAAGACGUUUACAACGCAUAAAGGCGAACUCAACAGCAUCAACUAGGAACAACUCGACCAAACGAGCAGGAAAACAAGUUAUUUCAUCAAACAACGUAUUUUACGUUGGUCGUCACGCAACGGAGCUGUUGCGGCCGCGUUGUCAAUUUUGUCGUGCCGUGCAAAUAAUUCCAUUCACCAUAGAUUUCUUAUUAUGGUAACGUCUGAUCCGUCCUGGGCUACAGAGCUAUGUAACUGCCGGCAUCAAUGUAAAACAGUUACAGGUAACACGCUAGCGAAGUAUGGCAUUGCACCAGCUGGUGCGGAGAGCGUCAGAUAUUUUGCGGUUGCCGGGUCGGCUACGAGACGGCUCUAACUUUGACGGUGAUGGCCUGAGCGACGGAUGUCAGAACAGCAAAAGGCCUCGCCGAAGGCAAAGUGCGCCUUCCUACACGGCGCGUUCGCCAGACCACCUCCGAAAGAUUGCCUACGCCCUUGACGGGGAUGUCAUCUAUUGCAAAAACAAUGUUUGUGUUCAUCCGCCGGCGCAACAUCAAGAUCCAACGGUCGUGGGCGCUACAAUGGCUAACAGUCAGCAUCAACAUUCUUCAGAUAGCAGCAAUGCGAUGCAAAUCGCCGUUACGCACAGACCGGGCUACCUCACUAUUAAGGCACAAAAUGAUCCGAUCCUCGGCUGUAGCCUUCUGCUGACGUGGAUUCCGAAUAUUUCACUACAACGAAACCCGCGUCAUCUCGAAAAUCGGGGAUCAACUCAUUCUCUCUAUGGAAACGUUAGCUAUCAAGCUACAACCGGCGGUACCAUUCACAACAGCGGCGAACCCCCGCUCGCGCGAGGAAUCACUUCUAUCAGUAGCAACCUAGAGGUUAACGCGAUUGCAACCUCGAUGUCCCCGAACAAUUCUCAGUGUUCAGAUCGCGAAAACGUUCAAUGUAGCAGCAGUUUAACCAGUGAACGCCGAAGACCCAGUGAUGACUUUGAGCUCAACCGAAGGAUUGUACAGGGAUGGAGAAACAGAUCGGACGGCGAUUCCGACGACACCGAUUCAUCCGUUAGCUCUGACGAUUUGGCCACAACGUCCUGCGAGCACGCAGCGCCGGUCGGUGCUGGCAAUUACCAUUCGGCCAUGUGUAUGACCGAAGACGCCGAAGACCGAGUGUUUUCAAAUGCAACCACGUGUUCAGAUAUCGCUCACGAUUUCGCCCAAUGUACACCUGAAGCUGUAGCAGCCAGCGCCGUACCUACGGCCAGCGGAGAUUCUGCGGACACUGAAGGAGCCACAACGGCAACAAGCGCUACAGCGAACGAACAGAUUAAUCCAACAGAGGUGACUGCUUCUGACUCCGGAAUCGGCCCAGAAGAGGUGACCGCAGCACUCGAAUCAAUGAUACUUGGACUGAAAGCUCUAGAAGACGACGUGUGGCCAACAUAUCCCGCUGAUACCUCUGCUGAGCCAGAUGCUGGAGAUAUCCGGAAAGGUGCCAUUACGCCCGGGAUUUAUAUGAUUGACAGCAGUGAAAAACAAACCAUUACUCAUGCGGACCGCCCCAAUAAUCAGACCACCGAAACUGAGGCAAUCCCCUCAAGAGCGGAUGCUGUCAGCAAUAUGCAGGCGGCACCUUUGCCAGAUACGAAGGGAACUCUAAAAUCAAAUAUGAAGCUAUUAAGUCGAUCUCCGAGUACUUCAAGUCUAUCAGCUUCGACGAUCAGUAACAAGGGCAACGCCACUUCUACCUCGUUAAGGUCAACGCCUGUCGAAAGCUCUGAAAGCAGUCCUCAAACGAUACGAAACAAGUACAUCAUCGAAGACAACACCCCCGAGGACCUAGUAAGUCGACACAAUCUCGCAUUCCCUGAACCGCCAGCAUCAGCCACCUCAUCAAGGUGCGUUACGCCAUCGUGCCACAGUGGAAGUGGAAGCCCCACAAACAGCGUUUUCUCGAUUGACCUUUCGCAGAUGAAGUCGUUAAAAUUGCUUUUCUCCAAUGUCGACUCGACCUGCGGACAACUGGUUAUCGCUUCCCGUGAGAGCCAAUACAAAAUUUUCCACUUUCAUCAUGGGGGACUUGAUAAACUCGCCGAAGUAUUCAAGGACUUCGACUUUUUGAUGAAGAGCCGAACGCAACGUAUUAAAGAGUACAUCGCCAGUGGAAAUGUCGGUUUGGGGAGUGGUAAUUCCAGCGAACAAUCUAACGACAGUCCUAGCCUUGGCAGAGCGGCGACCAGCGGUGCAGUUCUAUCACAAAUGUUCGUCCUCAGUAAACCACGCCUGUCUCCUGAGGAGUGUCAUCCUGAAGAGGACUCGACGCCAUUAUGUGACUUCGACUUCUGGUUUUGUCACGAAAACGAGGACGGUGUCUUUGAAAACGAGUGCGAAAUACGAAAAGCAGUCUUUUUCCGAGGUGUCGAACCAGGAGUUCGACGUCACGUUUGGCCUUUCCUUCUAUUUGUGUACUCCUUUGAAUCGACCCAGAAGGAGCGGGACCGUAUCCGUACUGAUAACUAUAUCCAUUAUCAGGAUAUUAAGCGACGACGGCAACUCAUGACCCAGGAACAGCGGGAUAAAUUCUAUCGUGAUUAUGAGUGUACUGUUGAAAAAGACGUCGUUAGAACAGAUCGAAGUAAUCCAUUCUAUGCAGGAGAGGACAAUGUGAACGUAUCGAAGAUGAAGGAGAUCCUUCUCAACUACGCGGUCCACAACCCACAAAUAGGCUACGCUCAGGGAAUGUCAGACCUGCUGGCGCCCAUUCUGUUCGAAAUUCGUGACGAAGCAGAAACCUUUUGGUGUUUUGCCGGUCUCAUGCAGCGAACAUCUUUUGUGUCUUGUCCAACGGACACCGAUAUGGAUAAUAACCUGAAUUAUCUCCGUGAGUUAUUGAAGCUCUUCUGUCCAUCCUUCUAUCGUCACCUAUCUCAGCAUCUCGAUGCGCUCGAACUGCUUUUCGUUCAUCGUUGGGUGUUAUUGUGCUUCAAACGGGAGUUUCUGCCUGCGCAGUCGCUGCUAAUUUGGGAAGCCUGUUGGUCCCAGUGGUUGACCGCACACUUUCAUCUGUUUGUGUGUGUAGCAAUAAUCUCCGUCUAUGGACAAGAUGCCGUCACCCAGAAUAUGAGCCUGGACGAAAUGCUUCUACACUUUAGUUCGUUAGCAAUGCAUAUGGACGCAAGGACUGUACUUCGAAAGGCCCGUGGCCUGGUUUACCAGUUUCGCUCACGUCGACGCUUACCGUGUAGCCUUGUGGCGUUGCUCACAACUUCGUCAACCUUCGAUGCUACGUGGGACUCGCACGCUCUGCCUUCGGUUCUGUGCGUCUGCGCAGACUUUGGAGACACAGGGAUCUGUACAAACCGAGCCCACCUUGACACCUUACAUAACUUCUGAUAUAGGUUCAGGCCGCACGCUCCGUCAGGGGUAAAUGCGGCUAAAAGUUUUUAUUGCGCCUUACCGAAAAUGUCAUAUGCUAUCAGCCUGCGUUGAGAAUACGCGAUGUUAGCCUAAGCAGAUGACCCGUGAGCGACAAAUCUGUUCGUGGAUGAACCAGGGCAGGCCAUAGACAACAGCAUGUAUCAGCAGCCAUUGCGUGCCCCACAACAGCAGCGGCAGCAUUAUUAGCGGAUCCGUAUUUUGCGCUGAACAAGCCCUCAAAGGUACUGAUACCCAUAGAGGGCGUUAUAUCGAUAUCAACUCUGCGUACUACGUACAGCAUCGGGUACGUCUUGCAUUGGACGUUUCAACCAAGCAUUUCUCACAUAUAUUCGAAACUUGUUUCAAUACGUUUUUGUCAGUUGGCCUUCGACGAGUUGUCAUCACUUAGCAGGGCCUCUUACUCAGGCCUUUACCGGGUCUUCAGAGAUUCCAAGCUAGGCCGAAUAGACCCGCAUACAGUGAGUGUUCGAAAAAACCGCGCAAAUAGUUAGACGGAAACGCAAGCAACGAUACACUUUCCGCCUAAACAUACGUACAUCAAAGAACAUAUACUAUUUGGUUAAAAAAAAAAUCAGGAUGUCAAUAUUUAUCAUUUCAGUUCUCAUUUUAAACUGCUAACUAAUCAAUGUGAUGCAAGGACUGCGUAUAUAGUAUUUUCGGCAAUUAAAUUUCAAACAUGGUUUUUGCUGGGAAAGGCGCAAAAAAACACUCGCUUUAGUGGGGCGUACAUUUAAUAAUUUCGCGUCUACAGACAAAAAUUAUUUUUGGCAAACUUACAAGGUAUGAUAUAUACGGUACAGCCAAUCCGAUUACUCAAAGAGAUAUUUUAUAGCAGGACUGAGGUAAAUUAUCUGUGAAGUCUAUUGAAAUUUACCGCCAUUUUCUAUUCUAAUUCCUAUAGGCCUUUAGGUGUGGAAGCACAGUUUGCAACGGUUCGGCAACAGCGGCAUAUAUAAAUCCAUUCAUUGGAUCUCCAAUCUGUAUUCUGCUCGUUGAAAUAAACAAAAAGUUCUUUUCAACGCGUUGAACGAAUGUUUUAAGAGCAGAAAGAUUUCCGUAGCUUAACCCUAUAUCCAUUCUUGCCAGUCUAUUGUAACUGCAUCAACGGCGGUUUCGUCCUGUACAUAAUGUAUGAUAUUCAGAAUAAAUGAUGUUUUAAAUUACGCGGGCAUUUAAAGGCAAAACAUUUCCUUGUUUCGUAAAUAGGGCAAUGUUUGAAACAUAUAAUUUUUUGCAUUUUGAUGAACAAACAAUUAAAACCAUAACAGAAACGAAACAUUGCACAUAGCACUACCUAUCAGAGACCAUCUGCAAGCCUGAAAACAGCAAUAUAUAUGCACACUAAUACCUAUUUGAAGGAGAUGAUGUAUGCUACUUCAAUAUACAGUAUGGGCUAUUGGGUAACUUGAAUAGAGGAAACUCUCUGAUAAUCGUCCUUUCCAAAAAUUAUAUGUUAGCAGAGACCUUCAAGCGGCAUCACUGCAUCGUAAGCGACUUAUAAAAAUGAUAAUGACACGUGAUACAGGGCCGUCCCCAUCGUAAGAGAUUGUUGCAUGCACGUAAGAGAACAUCGAGUAUAAUACAUACUAUAGUAGAUAUAAUAAACAAAAACGAUUGAUCAUUUCUAAUAGUCCCCCACGGCUACCGGAUUGAUAAAGACUACUAUAUAUAAUAUCGUACUAAGACGAAUAUUAUGCUAAUGUUAUUAUUUGUUCAAGAGCAAGUUGUGUGUACAGCACGAGCACGCAGUAGAUGUCGCUAACGGUACAGUGCACGCUAUUGUCUUGGGUCUUUUAACUAUGAUAGAGCGACAACUUCCAUUGAGUGUAGAUGGUAGAACACGAUCAUAUGUUAAACGAGAAUUACUAAGAGCUGAUCAACGAGGCAUAUACCGAUAUUUUUACUUCCGACAUGUGACUUCGGCAUCUGAUCCUACUGAUACUACGGAACCUCCCCUACUUUGAGGUCUCACCCAUAAAAAUAGUGAUAAUACCGAAAAUGCCAGCAACUGAGCAAAAAAAACGGGGCUAAGGUCCAUAUAUUAAUUAUAUCGUUGAUAAAAAUACCAUUAGAGGCUUGACAAACCUUCUAGCCGAAAAGCAAGUUUUAUUUACUUUUAUAUAUAUAAACAUAUAUGACAAGCGAAUACCUAAACUCCGUGAACGUUAUGAUAUUAUUGUAAAGUAAUAAUAGUAUUAUUAAUGUUACAAUGACGAUUUAUAUGUAUCCUUUUCUCCUAUACCUAACCUAUAAAAACCUAGAAACCUAUAAAAAAUAAGAUGAAAAAAGCUGAUAUGCAAAUGGAGUUAGAUAAUGUAAAUAAACAAACUCUGCUAGUUUUGUCAACUACUAUAGGAUAGACUAAAUCGACCUCGAUCUUCUGUGCGAGAAGAUCUUGAGGCGAAUUGUGUAAGACAAAGAGUGACCAAAACAUACCUGCUACAGAUUCUAACAUAACUAUUUCGUGUCUUCUUGAGCUUCAGUGCAAUUGCAAGGCUAUGUUCGAAAUGGAAAUCGUGUGUGUGUGUGUGUGUGUGACUGUGUCUGCGUACGCACGUUUCAGAGGGGACGUUGUUACUAAUUGACAGCCAGAGAUAGAGUUUCUCUCUGGUGCAACGGCUUAUGGCGAUUCGGGACAUGAGGUCUGAGGCAUUUAGCUAAAUUGAAAUAAGAAAAAGUGAUAGAAAAAAACUAUCCAUUAUAUAUGGAUCUCUUAAAAGAUCCAUAACGAAAGGACGAGGCAUAGAAUAUUCGAAUAGAGCCUUAUGCGAACUCCUCUUGCUUCUAAAGAAGCAAGCCUUUCUGUAGUUCAUAAAAUGUCUUCCUUGACCGGGUAGUUCUUUUCCAUCAUUUGAAUGCUCGCCGGAAUUCGGACCAUUCUAAUGAUGACUCUGUCGAUAGAACUAACUCUCUCAGUUGAUCUUGUGUUUACUAUUGUAUUUUCUGAUUUGAACCUGAACAGGUUCAAGCCCCGGCGACGACAUACAUUUUAUCUUCGUGAAGCGAAAUAUACACAGUGAAUUAGCUUAGUUAAAUUUUAUAAAAUGGACGUCUUUAUAGUCUACUUGUUUGUUCUGACUGUUAAAAACACUAAAUUAUCAAGUACUAUAACAAUAUAACGUCUAGUUGUUUUUUCGAAUAAAGUCAAAUGAAGACACCGUGGUGUUUGGUGACAGCCAAUGCAAUAGUGGUAAAUACUGUUGUUUUUGAAUGUAAGUAAACUUUUUCCCACGAAUAGACGACAAUGCAUUAAUUGAUCUGAUAAGGCCACAUUACUCCGUGUUUGUUGAAAUUUUGCUAGUCCACAAACCUAUUCCUAUCAGCGAAUUAGAUGUUAUGUAAUUUCGUUAUGUGUAUUUAAUCGGUUCGUCUAUAAAACUGACAACGAUGACUGCAGGACAAGCCUUAGGAAAGGCUUUCGUUAGAAUUGUUAUUAAUAUGGUUACAGCAACCACCGUCGUCUGCUUGUAUACCGUUGCCUAGGGGUACAGGCCAGGGUACAACUAUUCUCUGACAGGUUGUUAAACAAAUCACAGAUAUUAUGGUUGGACUUCUAUACGUGAUCAACACAUCUACAUCUUCUGCGAACACCAUAUCAGUUUCUAGCUUAAGGUCGUCAUUUGCUCACCGAACCCUGCGAGCUAAACUACGAUAGACGCUGUUACCUGUGCAUCCUUAGAGACGGAGAGGAUGCAAUGGACAGUCCACUCCGGAGGUGACGAUGCGCUGGGCACCAGCAGGAGUCGAAAAUCGUUUGUUUUCAAUAAUGGACUAUAACGGCCCGAUCUGCCAAAGAAACUUUUGCGAUCACGAUUCGUCUGAGUCCUAGAAAAGUUACCAUGAAACUCUGAAUACAUCUGAGAAUUCUGCAUACGACUAGCAGACGUUCGAUCUGCUCAAUGCGGUGGUCUGCUGGUCUGAUUGGAGAAGUAUGUAAACCUCGAGGGUGACCGACCACGCUAAAAGGAAUAGUUCGCAUGUAAUUAGCUAGAAAUAGUGAGAUUGCCUUCGGUGGUCAGGCGUCAUAUCAGUAUGUGUUAAAAUAAGACGAUAUUCAAAUGUGCCACAUACAAAAUCAGCAUCUUAUUAUGCCGAAUUCAACGUCACAGGAAUGAACAGCGGAACCCAAACUUCGAAAGCUACUUGCGCUGAAUUCUCAGUUAAUAACAACAUCAAUAGAUGCGCUGGGACUUGAAGUGCGAAGGAAAGGUUCGAAUCGAAGGUUCAAAUUUCUGUGAAGCACUUCAACAGGAACGUGUUGGCCUGUUACUAAAUUUAAAGACACGUGGUGAAAUGGGAGCCAAAUUCUAAGUUGGCCACAUACCGAUAUUCGAUUCGUUUUGAGGUGCUGGAAAAAGACAGCCGUCUAAAGCUAUAGUAGUAGGAACGAAUGUAGAAUUUUAACGAUCCCUAACAGCGAAGUCAAACUUGCAACCUUUUUUUAUUUGGCAUCGGAAAAUUAAGGACCGCUUUCAUAUGAACAUUAUCGAAAACGUUUCGAAGAGCGUUUCGACAUUGAUAGGAAAAAUGUCGCAAAGAACUUCAGUUCAAUCAAAUCUUAACUUAAAAGUUCAGCAUUUAUGAUACGCUAGACGCUUGAAUAUUUGCGUUUCAAUAUCUAACAUUUAAGUUAAUUAAAACUUGUACAAAAAAGUUAGUCACCGAAGAAGAUAUACGGAAACACGUUCCUAAGGUAACCAUAGGCUGUUCCGUUGGCAACUUUGUGACCCAUAAAUAUUAGGUCGGGAGCUUUAAUGGCAGCAGGGUACAAUAUAAUAUAAUGGCCUGCAACGUUGUUUCAUAUCCUACAUAUCUGUCUUGGCAUGGAAAGACUCGAUAAAGAUGUCCCAGUGUCCUUGUGAAUCCUGCAGCGAAAGCAGGAGAACAUUAGUGGAAUGGGAAUUUGUUACCUCGCACAUGCUAAACACAGAAAUACAAUUUAUGCAAAAAAAAAAUGCAGAGUAAGGCCAUCAAGUAGGGUUAUCAAAGACCAUGGUUGUUAAACGUGCCAAUGUAAAGGCUAAAUAAUAUAAGGAGAACUAAUUAAUACUAAAUACGAAAUAUAAUAAUGUCGGACCUGAUGUGAUCAAUUUCGACUGACCGCCUGUUGGAGUUUCUCGAUAUAAACAGUUCUGAACCGAAACUUAAUCACGAUUUACAGGGUAAUUACACGAAGUAAUGAAUGGCAGGAAAGGCUACAGCGGCUUUUUUUUUUUUAUUAUUGUGAAACGACCGACCGAACUCGUUGGUAUUUACGCUUUAGCUUUUAAUUCACUCCUUUAUCAAGCUCAGUUGGAGUCGAUUUGGAGCUGGGAACAAAGGACAAUUUUCAAAAUGGAACAGUGAUUUAAACAAAAAACACAUAUUAUGUAAAUAUAUACGAGUAUAUGACAGUUCUUCAAUAAAUGUCUGCAACUGUGAUCG